GAUAAAUAUGGGGUGUUUUUCUAUAUUAUUUAUAAUUUUGGGGUGCCUGAGUAGAUGAAUAUGCAAGUCCAAGACUCCCAAAUUCCAUGAUAUGAUAAUUUUAGUUGUAAGUCUCAAAUCAAAUUAUUAAUGGGUAAACUGGUGAAGAAUAAUACGCCAUUACGAGAAGAUUGAAUUGUCUCCCCGAUGGAUUUCAAAUUAGACUAUCAAAGCCCUAGAUACUUCGUCGCCGUCCACGUCGGCGCGGGAUUCCACUCGCCGUCGAACGAGAAAGCCCUUCGCUCCGCCAUGAAACGUGCCUGUCUUGCUGCAGCUUCUAUUCUGAGCAAGGCUUCUGGAGGAUGUAUAGAUGCUGUUGAAGCUGCAAUUAAAGUUUUGGAGGAUGAUCCCUGCACAAAUGCUGGACGAGGCUCAAAUUUGACUGAGGACGGUCAUGUUGAAUGUGAUGCUAGUAUAAUGGAUGGUGACUCUGGAGCUUUUGGUGCUGUUGGAGCAGUGCCAGGUGUCAGAAAUGCAAUCCAAAUUGCUGUUUUGCUAGCUAAAGAACAGAUGUUGGGGUCAUCCCUCUUGGGUCGAAUAGCUCCUAUGUUUUUGGCUGGUGAAGGGGCACGUUUGUGGGGUAAGUCCAAGGGAAUUGCUUCAGAUGAGACUAUAGUGGAGGCUGAUGAGUGGUUGGUGACUGAAAGGGCCAGAAAUCAGUGGAAAAGAUACAAAUUAAUGCUUGAUGAUGCCAAAUCCAUGACUGAUACAGCUUCAGCAGGGGCUCAAUCCUGUGAUCUUACAAAGGUAAAGGAAGGUGGGACUCAAUCAUCUCCUCUGGAUACGGUAGAAGAGGACAGCAUAAUGGACACAGUUGGAGUAAUUUGUGUAGAUUCCCAGGGACACAUUGCGUCUGGUGCGUCAAGUGGUGGUAUUGCCCUUAAGGUCAAUGGUCGUGUGGGAUUAGCAGCAGCAUAUGGUUCUGGUUGUUGGGCAUCCUCAAGAGGCCCUUUUGGAGCUCCUUUUAUUGUUGGUUGCUGUGUUAGUGGCGCCGGAGAGUACCUAAUGAAAGGAUUUGCUGCACGUGAAUGCUGUGUAUCAUCUGCAUUGUCCCAGGCUGGUCCAGUUUCUGCUUGCACCAAAGUCUUACGUUCUGUUCAUGAAGCUGAUCAGAGUGGCAAUGAUAAGAGUGCAGGAGUUCUACUUGUACAAGCCGAAACUUCUGCUAUGGGUUCUGGUGCUUCCUUGAAGCUGAAAGCUGCAGAAAUAGCAGCCGCUUAUACUUCAGCAUCUUUUGGAGUAGGUUAUUUUGGAAGCUCUAUGAAGCAGCCUAAGGUGUCUAUUCUACGGAGCAGUAGACUUCAAACUCAAAGCAAGGUCAACCAGUUUGCCACACGAAUUAAUCUUGCAUCUGAAAAUUGCUAGCCCCUGUCGCUGGAAAGAUAUGAAAGUCAUUACUGCAAUUAUCACGAAGCUUCCACAUUUGGUUUGAUUAACACGGGUUUUAAAUUUGAUGUUGGUGUUGAGUUAUGACUGUUUACAGAAGUUUGAGCAUUGUUCUACUGCAGCUAAGAACACAGUUAAAUCUGGGAAAA